AAGUAGCAAUAAAACAUCCGACGGUUACACUACAAAAAUGAUUACACCCAUUUAUUAUUACUUAUUACUCCUCAACCUCAUCACUCACUUUCCACACCACCACUUUCACCAUCUUCCCCUCUCCCUCUUCUGAACUCACCAGUCCAACAAUGGCCGCAGCCUUAGAAUGUUGGUCCAGCCGCACCACCGCCGCCGCCGCCACCUCCACCGACGACGACACGGUGGAGCAAGUCCUCAUGCGCACCCACCACAGAUCCGAGGGAACCACCACCACUUCCACCCCCAACAACAACAACAACAACAAAGACCCUUCCUCCGCCAUCCCCGUCCACAAGAAGCUCCAGAAGCUCACUCGCAACGUCUCCGAAGCCAUCGCUUCCUUUAGAAACUCCCUCAACCUCGAUUCUCCGCCUUCUUCCAAAGCCGAUGCUUCUUCCCGGAAGCUCGCGUGGGGAAGCGUUGUUCGCAAUCUUACUCAGCUCUACCCCGGUAGCCAGCUCCCUGAGAAGCUCAUGUCCAACAUUCGCAAGCAUUACGAUUCCUUGCCCCUCAGUUAUGCACAGGCGGAGUUUGAUAUGAAGGAUGUGUUUCUUCACAUAAAGUUGAUGGAGCAAGCUUCAGAGAGUGAUCAGCCUGCGAUUUUGAUUCAAGAGGAGUGUGAUUACGAGGUUCAGGGGUCUGCUUUGAGGCUCACGUUUGCUUGCAACUCUCCGAUUUCGUGGCCUGCGAUGUCCGGUGCGUUGGAUAGUUCCUCCAUUUGCUGCAAGAGGAUGCAGAUCUUUGAGAAGAAGGGCUUCACCUUGGGGGUUGUGCUUCUUGUGGUUCAAUCUGGGCAUGAUAAGUUGGUGAGGACCAGGGUUGAAAGUGCUUUGAAGUUUGCCAUGAAGAGGCCGAAAACCGGUGCUGUCAAGCUUCCCUUUGGGCUUUGUGGGUGCCAAGAGGAGAAUUCUAAAGGGGGAGACCUUGUGGAGAUUGAAGAAGAAAUCAGUGAUGGUUACCGUGGGAAGGAGUUUGAGAAUUCAGGCCAAAGGAUUCAGCUUCAGGUGCCUUUGCCUUCUUCAUCUUUUGUUGUGUCAGUGGACGAAUGGCAGACCAUAAAGUCAGGUGGGGAUGAGAUUGAGAAAUGGUUGUUGAACUCAGAUAGUGUUGAGUUUGUUGAGCAGAUUGGGCCGAAUUCGUUUAAGGGAGUGUAUUUGGGGAAGAGGGUUAAGAUUGAGAAGCUGAAGGGGUGUGAUAAAGGGAAUUCUUAUGAGUUUGAGCUCCACAAGGAUCUGCUGGAACUCAUGACUUGUGGUCAUAGAAACAUUCUGCAGUUCUGUGGUAUUUGUGUGGAUGAUAAUCAUGGGUUGUGUGUGGUGACCAAGUUCAUGGAAGGUGGAUCUGUUCACGACUUGAUGAUGAAGAACAAGAAGCUUCAGACUAAGGAUAUUGUGAGGAUUGCUGUUGAUGUGGCUGAAGGGAUCAAGUUUAUGAAUGACCAUGGUGUUGCAUAUAGAGACCUUAAUACACCGAGGAUUCUGUUGGAUAGGCAUGGGAAUGCUUGCUUGGGAGACAUGGGUAUAGUCACUGCCUGCAAAAGUGUUGGAGAAGCAAUGGAGUAUGAAACUGAUGGUUAUAGGUGGCUAGCUCCCGAGAUAAUUGCAGGGGACCCAGAGAAUGUGACAGAGACAUGGAUGAGUAACGUUUAUAGUUUUGGGAUGGUAAUUUGGGAGAUGGUAACUGGUGAGACAGCUUAUUCUUCAUUUUCACCUGUGCAAGCAGCAGUUGGCAUUGCUGCAUGUGGCCUUCGACCUGAAAUCCCAAAAGACUGCCAACAAACUCUAAAAUACAUUAUGACAAAGUGCUGGAACAACAACCCUUCCAAACGUCCUCACUUCUCUGAAAUUUUAGCCAUAUUACUGCGAUCAAACAACAACAAUAGAUAAAUUUCUAUAUAUAACAAGUUCAUGGAUAAGGAAAUGAUAACAAGUCCAUGGAAAAACAUGAACCCCCCCAUAUGCUUUUAUGGCAGUAAUGAAGAUGUAAAUUUUCUGCUUUUAUCAUCUCUUCUUGACAACAUAAAAAAUCUAAAUGUCUGUCAUCAUAAUUCUACUGUUAUUUUCCCCUUGUACUAUGAUUCUCUGAAAAUGAAUAUAAUACAACAGAGAAAAAUUUAAGUACCA